UUCUGUAUGCUUAAUUUGGUAUAAUGUACUUACUUGGCUCAGAUUUCUUAUCAUUGAAUGAUCCUUUGGAUUGCUGAAAUCCGAUUUUCUUCGUUUCCUGCAAAAUUUCGGAUCUAUCCAUUUCCAAGAUGUGGUUUUUGGGGGUUUCAUUACUUUCUGAAUCAAGAUCGGUGCUCUUGCUUUGAAGAUCCGAGAUUCGGGUUAGCCUGAGCUAAAUUCGUCGGACUCAGACAGAAUCUGUCAAAAUGGGUGGUUACUUGAAUUUCAACAACUUCGGUAAUGAGCCACCGGGAGACGUCGGCGGCGGCAGCGGAGGCGGAGGGAUGAACAGACCGCCGGGUAAUGUUCCGUUGAACCGACAAGGAUCGAUAUACUCUUUGACAUUCGACGAGUUUCAGUCAAGUUUGGGCAAAGAUUUUGGGUCUAUGAACAUGGACGAGUUGCUCAAGAACAUAUGGAGUGCUGAAGAGACACAAGCCAUGGCUUCCACUAGCGGCGUCGAAGCCGGCGCCGUCCGUGGUCAAGAGGGUUUGCAGAGGCAGGGCUCAUUAACUUUGCCUCGAACCCUUAGCCAAAAGACGGUCGAUGAAGUAUGGAAAGAUAUCUCGAAGGACUACACGACUGCGACCGCGAGUAAAGACAUCAACAAUGGAACUGGAGGAUCAGGCAUGCCUCAGAGGCAACAGACUUUAGGGGAAAUAACCUUAGAGGAGUUCUUGGUUCGAGCUGGGGUUGUCAGAGAGGAAACACAGGUUGGAGGAAAGGUUAACAAUGGCGGAUAUUUCGGUGAUACGUCCCAUUCGGGUGGUAAUAACUCGGGCUCGGUUCUCGGGUUUCAGCAGGCUUCGAGGGUUUCCGGUUUGAUGGGCAAUCUUGGACCAGAGAGUGGAAACCAAAUGUCAGUGCAAAAUUCUAUCUUGCCUCUGAAUGUUAAUGGCGUUAGGUCAUCAACUCAGCAGCAGCCCAUCGUGCCAAAGCAACCAGGUUUUGGCUAUGGAACACAAAUGACAUUACCGGGUGGUCAGAUUAAUAAUAGUCAUGGGAUAAGAGGUGGUCUGAUGGGAAUUGCUGAUCAGUGUCUCGGAGGAAAUGCGGGAUUGGUUCAAAGCUCUGGUUUAAUGGUGGGUGGUGGCUUGGGCCUAGCUGGAGCCAUGGGUGUUGGGGGAGUUUCUCCUGUUACUCCACUCUCAUCAGAUGGGAUAGGGAAGAGUAAUAAUGGCGAUACUUCAUCAGUGUCACCUUCACCUUACAUGUUUAGUGGCGGCGUUAGGGGUAGGAAGAGGAGCGGUGCCGUGGAAAAAGUCGUUGAGAGAAGGCAGAGAAGAAUGAUUAAGAACCGAGAAUCAGCAGCAAGGUCACGGGCUCGAAAGCAGGCUUAUACGAUGGAGCUUGAAGCUGAAGUUGCAAAGCUGAAGGAAGAGAACCAGGAGCUAAGAAGGAAACAGGCAGAGAUGGUGGAGAUGCAAAAGAAUCAGGCGAAUGAGGUGAAGAAUGUAAAAGGUGGACCCAUGAAAAGGCUAAGGAGAACACAGACUGGACCUUGGUGAAGGUCAAGGAUGAUCAAAAGCUGAGAGACUCUCUUGAUUAGGGGGUUUGUGUUGAUUUUGCUAAUCUUCUGUAUAUAACCAAACCAGCCAGAGAGAGAGAGAGAGAGAGAUGAUACUUAUAUUUAUUUCGCAUCCUUAGGUUUAGUGAAGAGUUUUCUUCCUUUAUACUGUAACCUCUCUCUAUACAAGUUCUUAUACUAUAUAUAUAUAUAUAUAUAUAUAUAUAUAUAUUAGAUAUACAUACCCGACAUAGAAUGGAUUUUGCUUGUUUAUGUUUCACCAAACUCAACUUAUCUGGCCUCUUGUCUUA